UUUCCAAUCACAACAAUCCCCUUUUUGAUUGGCUUCUUCUUCUGUAUAUUAUCCGUCGUAAAACAAGGUUUGAUUCACUUUGGAGUUAUGGUGGAAACAGAGACGAAGAAGACAAUUGCAAACCCUAGAGUGGAAAUCGAUACUUCGCCGCCGUUCGAAUCGGUCCGCUUCGGCGGCAGCGGCCCCUGGAUUCCUCAUGACUUGCUUCCUUUACCCGCCCCUCCUCACGAAAACGAGGUUUUCGAGAUGGACAGAAUGGAGGAACAAGCAGUGCAAUUGGAGAUGGAUCUGAUCAUUAAACACCACGAAACACUUCAUGUCUUGAAAGAACUCGAAGCGGCUAAAAAAUUCGUCGAGUCGUUAAAACUCAACUAUUUGAUUUCGCCGCAAUGCCGUGUCAAAGCUCCCUACGAGAAUUCAACUGCGGGGCCCGGUUCGAUGUUUUUCAAUUUGAAUCGGGCAAAGACGAACGUUAAUAGAACUUCGGUAGAUCUUGCCGUGGUUCAAUCAUCACUCGAGUCUCUUACCAAGAAACUCCGACAGGAUAAGGUUUUGUCCGAAACGAGAAGUAAGAUGCCAACAAUACAAGGAAAUUUUGAGGCUGAGCAGUUCAAGAAGAUGACGGAAGCUUCUAGAUACGAGGUGAUGAAGGCGAUCAAAGACAUCGAAAGUACAAAGAACAGUAUUUUAAUGGCGGAAUUGAGGUUAAACGCAGCCAAGAAAAUCGAGGAGGCGGCUAAAGCGGUUGAAGCUAUUUCCCUUGCUAAAAAAGGGGGUCGUUUCAAAAAUAUUCCCGACGAAACAACUCUUUCGUUGCAAGAGUACAAAGCUCUUACUCAGAAAGCAAAUGAAGCCCAUUAUCUUGAAAUGCCUAUUCUUGAGAAAUUUGAGGAGCCCGUAACAGAAGACAAAGAAUCUGAAAACGAGGUUUUAUUCAAAUCGAAUUUUGAGAAAUCAUCGGACAUUCUGAGUACUAAAUCGGAGAGAGACGUGGACGAUUGUUCGGAGAGGGAGCGUGUUUCUUUGAGCCAAAUGCUGCAAGAAAAGAGUGGAGUUUUAUUACAUCCUGUUAUUAUUACGAAUCCGCCAUCGGAAAUGAAAGUCGAAAAGCGGUACUUUAUACAGAGGAAGAAAUUUGGGUUCAUCCGAGUUCCGAUUCCGACUAAGUCGAGCAAGAAAAAAGCUCAAAUCGAAUAGGGUCAAAUUAGAUUCUGAUUUACUCUAUAUUUUUUCUUCUAAUUGUUGGUUGCUUUGUAAUGAUUUCAUUUGUGUGGAGUUGUUAUAUAUAUUGCUGGCUGAGUUAGUUAUUUCAGUUAAUGGAAGA